AUGUUUUCUUAAAAGUCAUAACAUUUAUGCAACUUAACAAAUCAGAAUAACUAAAUUAUUUUUUUACUUUAUAUAAUUGAUGUCGCUUAACAAUACUGUGAUAUGGCUCACCGAUACAAUAAAAUACAAUGAUAACAGUGACUCCAGUAGUUGGAGUGACAUAAGUUUUGUUAAAUCAGAGUCGUCCGAAGAAGACGAUGAAGAUGACAGAAUAUUUUUUCCUUUGAUGCAUUAUUUAACACGAAUACGAAAGAAAAGAUUAGACGAUUAUUUGCUCAAAGUGGAUUCAUGGACAGAUUCUGAAUUUAAAAAUCGUUUAAGGCUUUCUCGUAAAACUGCUAAUACACUUAUUGAUGAAUUACAAAAGUCUGGUUUCAUAGCACAACACAAAUUUGGUUUAAAGCCAUUGGAGCCAAAAUUGUGUUUGUAUAUAUUCUUGUCAUUUAUUGCAAAUACUGAACCAUUAACACCAAUUGCAACGAGAUUCGACAUUUCAGUAUCGUCAGCGUUUCGAGUAAUUAGGAGAGUAGUAGCUUGGUUCCUAACAAAGUUAAAUGAUGUUAUAAAAUGGCCUGCAAAUUAUACAGAAAUACAUACAACUUGUGAUGGUUUUCAAACUAAAACUGGAAUUUCAGAUGUUGUUGGAGUAAUUGAUUGUAUGCAUAUAAAGAUUGAAAAGCCAAAAAAUGCAGCAGCCUAUCAUAAUUCUAAAGGAUAUUUUUCAAUUGUAUUACAGGCAACAUUUGAUUCAAAUAUGAGGUUUAUUAACAUUUAUUGUGGCGAACCGGGAUCAUCAACUGCUGCCAGAGUGCUAAGAAAAUCUCCACUGUAUCAAACGGCAUGUGAGACUAGAGAAAGAAUAUUGCCAGAGAAUACCUUCCUUAUUGGUCAUUCAGGGUACUCUUCAGUUCCUUGGCUUUUACAACCAUUUAGGGAAAGUAAUAGAUUAACAGUGCAACAGAGAGAGUUCAAUAAUUUACAUAGCACUGCAAGAAGAAUUAGUAAUAAAGCAUUUAAGCUUUUAAAGAAUAGAUUUAGGAGAGUGAAAUAUUUUGCAGUAUACAGAAACAUUGCUUUUAUCACAGAUGCUGUAGUAGCAGCUUGUAUUUUACACAACUAUUGUGUUAGUGAAAAUGAUCAUUUUAAUGUGACUGAUUGAUGAAAAUAGCAAUACACAUUUUACUAAGCUUUUAUUAAGGUUUAGAAAAGCAUGUACGGGAUCCCCAUAUGUGUGGUAUAAGGCCAGGAACAAAAUUUUAAUAAGC